AUGAACCAUGCCGGCCAUGGAGGAGGAGGUGCUCCGAGCACUGGAGACGCUCCCAGCUACUUCUACAUGCAAAAGAUGUAUUGGGCAGUUGUGGGGAGCACCAUCGCGGUAGCUACUGUGGGCAAUGUCCUGAACAAGAUAAUAGCAGCUCAGAGACUGGCUGAUUCAGGCCCAACUCCGUCGAAACCAAAAUCUCUCUUCUUUACCAGCUAUGCCACCAUCACUGCCAUGACGAGAGAGCUUUCCAAUUACCCCCUUGGCCCCGUCAUUGUAGGCGGUACCAAACUGCAUUUGCCCCCUCUGGGGCCGGUAAUGCUAAUGCUCGCUAAUCUAAUUGUCGUGCUGGUCCUCUGCUCCUACAAAUUAAACUUGAUGGACCAAUGGAGCUGGGAGAAUGUGGGCUAUCGCACUGGAUUUGUCACUAUUUCACAGCUACCCCUCGUUAUCCUGCUCUCCAACAAAAUCAAUAUCAUCGGCCUCCUCAUCGGAUCGAGCUAUGAGAGACUAAAUUGGCUUCAUCGGUGGGUUGCAAGGACAAUGUGGCUCACCGCAACUAUCCAUAUGGGAUUCUGGUUCCGCUCAUGGGGCAGAUAUGAUUACAUUCUAGUAAAAUUGACCACGGAUCCAAUCACCCAACGGGGUUUCGCGUCAUGGUGUAUCUUGACCUUCAUAGUCUUGGUCUCCGUGGCACCCGUGCGGAAACUCAGUUACGAGAUCUUUGUAUUGGUGCAUCUUCUAACCUUUGCCGGCUUCCUUGCAGCUGUGUGGUAUCAUGCGCAGGACGAGGUGAAGGAAUGGGUGUGGAUACCUAUUGGGCUCGUCGUUUUUGGUCGACUCGCCAGACUUAGCGUGGUAUUAUAUUCUAACUUAUCAAUUUUCCAUGGGCUUCGGGGUGCAAAAAUCUCGCGGUCCCUUUGGGCUAACAAGGCCACUUUCACACCCUUGCCUGGAAAUGUUACGCGAAUUGUGGUGCCAAACCCAGUGAUAUCCUGGAAACCUGGACAACAUAUGUUCCUAUCAUGUCAUGGGCUGGUUCCGCUCCAAAGCCAUCCCUUUAGCAUUGCUUCGAUCCCCGCGGAUGAGAAACUAGAAUUCCUUGUGCGCGCGCAAAAUGGGGGCACCAAGAACUUUUUCAAGCAUGCUUCAAAGGAUCUUGACCUAUUGAGUGGAGGGGCUAGCCUCCAGAAUGCUAAGCUGGUGGGAGUUGAAGGCCCGUACGGAACGAUACGGCCGCUGCGACAAUUCGACAGCCUCGUGCUCUUUGCCGGGGGAAUAGGAGCCACGUUCACGAUGCCCCUGAUGCGUGACGUUUUAGAGGGCUGGAAAAGCGAAUGGUUCGGGAACAUACCACGGCGGGGAUCGUUUUUCCCGUCUCCCGACCGCGCAGUUACGAACCGGAUCCGCUUUAUCUGGGUAAUUAGAUCCCGAUCACUGCUCAGCUGGUUCUCCGAGCAAUUAGAGGCUGCGUUACAGGAUAUAGAUGCAUGCCGCCAGAGUAAUGCAGCUUUCAAAGGGGAGCUUGAGUUCAGCGUCUAUGUUACGUGCGAUGAGGAGAUGUCUUCAACGACAACAUCCCAACCGCAGCUGCUACAGCCAGCGCAACAGCAAUUUACCAACCGCACUCCUCAGGUAAAUGAAGGGGCCAAAGGAGAAAUAGAAGAGAAAACCAUUGAAACCCUUUCCAUCAACUCCACCUCGACAGCUGAGGAAUCUAGUCCACCAAAAAGACCGACCACCUGCCAGCCAGAUGGCGGAUGUUGUUGCACACGCAAGGUCACUGACGAAAAUUCCUCCCUCACUCCCUGUAACUGCUCAGGCCCAUCUUCACCUCCAACUCCUUUAACAACAUCCGAAGAACCAAGUAUCCAAGAAAAGCCAACCCCUACAUCAGUCCCAGCUCUAUCAAAUGAACCUCCAACCACCACCUCCAUCACCACGCAACGACCCAACGCCUACCCACGCCCCAAAUCAGAUGGCGACCCACGUAUCCGAAUCCUUUCUGGUCGGCCAGACUCGCGGGGCAUAAUCCGCAAAGUUCUCGAGUUGGCAGAAGGCGAGAGCGCUGUCGUCGUUUGCGGUCCACGUGGGCUUAAUGCUGAUGUCCGCAGGAGUGUCGUGUCACUAAGCGAUGAGAGAGCGGUCCACAAGGGCACAGGCGCUCAGGGGAUAUAUUUACACGUAGAAAGCUUUGAGUUCUAGUUCCUCCGUUUUCCUUCUUGGAUUUAUAUAUUUUGUGUUGAACCUUGGGAUGGCGCUGGCAUUUUGUUCCUCGAGAUUUGGUGGGUACACAGUAGUUCCGGAUAUUUUCUGCUAAUGUAAAUACGAUUUUGGCUCUCUUUCUUCUUUUUGUCCUCAUAGACACCAAUAUCCAUCUUUAGACU